AUGUCCACAAAGAACUCUAGGUUGAUGGACGUAGUUGCAGGUUGCUCAAUUGCCAGCAAGAAGUUCAAUGCCCAGGGCCUAGCCAAUCUGGCCUGGUCGUGUGCGACCAUGCAGUUUUCUCCUCAACCUUUGUUACAAGACAUCGGAGAAGAAUCUUUGAAGAUUCUCCACAGCUUCACGGAGCAAAACUUGGCCAACAUGGCUUGGGCCGUGGCAAAACUGCUUUGGAGAGAGGCUUCGCCCUUGUUUUCUGCGAUCUCGGCCCUGGCCUUGAGCAAAAUGCCAGAGUUCUUCCCACAGGCCUUGGCGAACAUGGCCUGA